GAUCCAUCAGUAUCCCAGAUGAUUGAGCAGCCUGAUACCAGGCCAAUUUCUCAAGAGCAGCUCGUUGCUGAAGUCAAAGGCAUAUACGCAGGGCUCGUCAUGGUAGAAAGCAAAUGCAUUGAGGUUGAUAAUGCUCAAUCAGCGAAUAAGGGCUCGCACUCGCCACAGCAGCUUACUGAUGAACAAUGGCAGGCACUGAUUGCCUUACAUCGUACAUUACUUCAAGAGCAUCAUGAUUUUCUCCUAGCUAGUCAGCAUCCAUCUGCUAGCCCGGCGCUUCGACGACUGGCCUCUAAGUAUGCGAUGCCCGCAAGAAUGUGGCGACAUGGAAUUCACUCAUUCCUUGAACUUUUGAGGCAUAGAUUGCCGCUAUCUCUAGAGCACAUGCUUAGUUUUAUCUACAUUGCUUACAGCAUGAUGGCUCUUCUUUACGAGACCGUGCCUGCCUUUGAAGAUACUUGGAUCGAGUGUCUCGGAGAUCUAGGCAGAUAUCGUAAGGCCAUAGAAGACGACGAUAUUCGAGACAGAGAAAUAUGGACAGCUGUUUCUCGAUAUUGGUAUUUAAAGGCAUCGGAUAAGCUACCGACCACUGGUCGACUUUAUCACCACUUAGCUAUACUCGCGCGUCCCAACGCGCUUCAGCAGACAUAUUACUAUACAAAGUCGCUGUGU